AUGCUCCAUUUACGCUCAACGGAAUAUCCGAUUGUACUUGCUACGGAAAUGAGCAUGAUGCACGACCUGACCCCCAAGCUGGGCAGAAAGAGACGAGCGGCAUGGGGAGCGCACAAGAGCAUCGAGGAUGUAGUGGAGAAGAUCAGGAACACCCAGCUGCGUGCUCACUUCUUUAACAUCACCGUACUUCCCGCUUUGACAUAUGCUUCAGAAACCUGGGCACUUAGCAAGCAGGAAGAAAAUGCGGUGAGUGUCACUGAAUGCGCAGUUGAAAGAGUGAUGACAGGAGUAUCCCGCUGCACACAAUUGAGAGACGAUUCGAAGUUCUCUCCUACGUCAUUGUGUCGUCGUGAUCGAAGAUUAGAAGCCCCGCGUUUCCUAAGGAAUUCAAAAUAA